AUGGCAGAGAUGCAAGGACUGAUGGAGAGGCUGGAACGGGUGGUCGGCCGACUGGAGUCGCUGUCUGCAGAGUCACACCGGCCUCCUGGGGACUGUGAGGGACUUAAUGGUGUCAGUAGAGGUGUGGCACCCUCCGUGGAAGCCUUUGAUAAGCUGAUGAACAGCAUGGUGGCGGAGUUUUUACAGAAGAGUAGGAUCCUUGCUGGCGAUGUGGAGACUCACGCGGAAAUGGUGCAUAGUGCUUUCCAGGCCCAGCGGGCUUUCCUUCUGAUGGCCUCUCAGUACCAACAACCCCAAGAGAAUGAUGUCGCUGCGCUUCUGAAACCAAUCUCAGAAAAGAUCCAGGAAAUCCAAACUUUCAGAGAGAGAAACCGGGGGAGUAAAAUGUUUAAUCAUCUCUCGGCCGUCAGCGAAAGCAUCCCUGCCCUUGGGUGGAUAGCUGUGUCCCCCAAACCCGGUCCUUAUGUCAAGGAGAUGAAUGAGGCUGCCACCUUUUACACUAACAGAGUCUUAAAGGACUACAAACACAGCGAUUUACGCCAUGUGGAUUGGGUGAAGUCCUAUUUGAACAUUUGGAGUGCUCUGCAAGCAUACAUCAAGGAACACCAUACCACCGGCCUGACUUGGAGCAAAACUGGGCCAGUAGCAUCAACCGCAUCAGCAUCGUCUGUCCUGUCCCCUGGGCCUGGCCUUCCUCCGCCCCCUCCGCCACCCCCUCCUCCAGGGCCACCUCCACUUUUUGAGAAUGAAGACAGAAGAGAGGAGCCCUCCCCUUCACGCUCAGCUCUAUUUGCCCAACUUAACCAAGGGGAAGGAAUUACGAAAGGGCUCCGGCACGUCACAGAUGACCAGAAGACAUACAAGAAUCCCAGCCUACGGACUCAAGGAGGACAAACUCCAUCUCCUACCAAAAGCCUCUCUCCAGGCUCCAGGGCCCCCCCGUCUCAUCCUCCUCAGAAACAUGCUCCCGUGUUCGAGUUGGAAGGAAAGAAAUGGAGAGUCGAGUAUCAAGAGGACAGGCAUGACCUUGUGAUUUCGGAGACCGAACUGAAACAAGUGGCUUACAUUUUCAGCUGCAACAAGUCCACUCUACAGAUGAAAGGAAAAAUAAAUUCCAUUACAAUCGACAACUGUAAGAAGUUUGGCCUUGUGUUUGACAACGUGGUAGGCAUUGUGGAAGUGAUCAAUUCCAAGGAUAUUCAAAUGCAGGUCAUGGGGAAAGUGCCAACGAUUUCCAUUAAUAAGACGGAAGGUUGCCACAUCUACCUCAGUGAAGAUGCACUGGACUGUGAGAUCGUGAGUGCCAAAUCAUCUGAAAUGAAUGUCCUGAUUCCUCAGGAUGGUGAUUAUAGAGAAUUUCCUGUUCCAGAACAGUUCAAGACAGCCUGGGAUGGAUCCAAGUUGGUCACGGAACCUGCAGAAAUUAUGGGCUAA